AUGCUUGCCUUCGCCGGCAGUUCUUCAAAAUCCAUGAAAGCCUCCUCCACGGUGAUUGAUUUGACCGUCAACGAUGCUGUCGAGAUUGACCUCACCACGAUCGCGGACUCUCCUCCGCUGAGCCCGCGGCCGAACGGUAUUAACGGCGAGCCACCUCGGAAGCGGCAGCGCGUUUCUGACCGGCCUUUCCUUCCGAGCAAGUCGCGCGACCUCGCGGCCUGCUUGAAAGCGCAGGUCAAGCCUUACAUCGACGCUUCCCUGGCGGAGAUCCCAGCGGGCACCGUCAACUCUUACGAGAUUGGCAGAAGAGUUGUAAACGAUAUCGGUAGCACGCCUCAAUUCUCACUCGAGUUCACUCACAAUGGUGGCUUCCUCUCUCAAGGCCUCGAAAAGGAACUGGCGGACAGGGCCCGCGAUCUCGUGGCUCACUACCGCUGGCAGCAUGAGUACCAGAUCACUGCAACGCCGACGUACUCACCGGCGCCACCGUCACAACGAGAACUCUCGACCUCUGCCGCAACCCCCGUGAUCCCGAGCGCUUCGCCUCCAAGACGCACGUCGAUAGCUCCUGCGCGUUUACCCUCAACUACACCGAGACCUUUGGCGCCCGCUGCGACGAUACCUCAGACCAAAUCACGGCCACAUGUCGAGGAAUUCCCCAGCGCUCCUGUCUCGUCGACGAAUUACCGAACAAAAGCGCGAGCCAAGUCGUUCAAGUCAUGGCACACACACGCAUCUCGAUCGGCACCGGCAACAGCGAGCCGCAAAGCCAAGGCCGCAUGGAUGAACAUGCCGAGGCGGCCCUACAUUACUACCGAAGAGCGAAAGACGAUAUUCCGUGGCACGUCCAAGCUUGUCCGCACGAAGGCGGCGGCAGCGGCGCUCAGCCCAUUCCCUUUCCACGUUGACUUCACACCCGAUGAAAUGGAGGUAUUGCGGAGGAAGGUACGGGCGUUAUGCGACAAGAAGCCCAAGACCAAGAGGAGCAGCGACACAGCCAGGGAAAUGGGGAAGCUGCUCCGCAAGCGACCAGAGUUGCUCACCAUUAUACCACCGGAGCUUGAGCUGCGGGGUGCUUUGGCACAACGAGAUCAAGUUGCGAUCAGGAAUCUGCUUGACGAGUUGGUCGACAGGCACAAGAGACCGGCUAGGCAGCCAAAGGUGUUGACAUUAGAAGUGGAUGAGUCCGACAAGCAAGGGGACGCACAACGCACGAGCCAGAUACCCUCGCUUCUAUUUGCUCGCGAGAUCGAUGGCAACCGAGGUUUUGGAAGAAUGCGGCGGCAGGUCAACUUCUCAAACGAGUUUAGGAAAGCUCAUGAGGACGAUCUGGAGAUGCGGGCGGAGUGGGUGGGCUGCGCUGGCGACAUCAUGACCAUCGUGUGGACUUCGGAUACCAACUUCAUAUGCGGUGCCACAGCUCACUCCGAUUCGCACAACCAGCAGUACAACAAGGCAGGCAACCUACUGUUGUGCUCUACUACCAGGGGGCAGCUGAAGGCAUAUCCUGAUCACAGGAUUCCGCGUCCGAUUGUUGAGAAGGGAGAGAACUCAACAGAGGCGAUGAGAGAGAGCCAAAGCCCUUGGCUGUACUCCUCGGUCGUAUCCUCCGACUACGACCAAAUCAACGAUCGUGCCUACACAUCAAGUUUUGAUAAGACAGUCAAGGUCUGGAAAGUCGACAAGACGGGAGGAAACAUGACUGUUCUGGGCACGUGGGCCCACCAGGGCAACGUCAACUUUGUUGCCGUUUCCAAGCUUGAGUCCGGUAUGGUGGCUACGGCUGCGGAUGUAGCCUCCCACGCCGUGCGUGUUUACAAUGUUGACAGCAGCAACAUUUCUUCAAGCCCAUACAAGACCUACUCCGGCGCCAGAGCCUGGAAUGAGGGUAAUGAGCAGACGACGGCUACCCAGAAAUGGGCUUAUUUCCCGGCCACAAUGCAGUGGGGCUUGGCGAAUGAAGUGCAGCAUAUGCUUCUUGUUGGCUACUCUCCACGAAGCUUGACAGGAGAUGAUAACGACAUCCCCGACGAGAAGAGGAACACAGGAGAAAUCUGUCUCUGGAACUGCCUGACGGGUGAGAAGAUCAAGGUCCUGACGGCAUCCACACAGAACGUUUUCGAGGUUGUUUGGCAUCCUACAUUGCCUAGCUUCCUUGUGGCAACUUCGCCAGCCGGGUUGAUGGUAGACGAUAACACGAUGACGCAAAUUCGCGUCUUCCGACCUAGUCUGACGCCAGAAGGAGACACGGCAUUUGGCGAGAUCCAAUGCCUGGAUUGCCCGGCCCGCGACAUCAACGAGCUUACCGUCAGGCCUAACAGUGCCAUAUACUCCUACGUGACAGCGGCCUGCACUGACGGUAAGGUCUACGUGUGGGAUACCGCUCGCGGCGAUAAGCCGAUCCACGUCCUUAGGCAUAAGAAGCCCAUUGACGAGUUUUCCGGUGACCGGGAGGAGGCAGAUGUCGGCGUUAAGUUCACCGCAUGGGGAACUACGCCGGACCGCUUCUACACCGGUGGAUCAGACGGUGUGGUCAAGGUCUGGAAUGUGCGAAAUUCACGGCACCCCCUAGUUCGGGAUCUCUUGGAGGCUCCUGGUGCUAUAGCAUGCGGCGCCUUUUCCUCCUGUUUUUCGAGACUGGCUGUUGGAGACGCUACUGGAAGGGUUAUGCUCCUAUCACUGAACGAGAAGGACGAACCACCUGCCAAGUAUGUCAUGCCACCAAUUCCACCUGGUGGGCGAACCGCCCGCCCAGUCCGUCGACCAAUGCCAAUCAUCGAGCAUGAAGAGCCUCUGGCCCCUUAUCUGGAUGACGAGCCUCAUACGGGGGCCGAAAGAGGAAGAAUGCUGCUAGCAAGUGGCCAGCUGGUCCGGCACCGAGACCCCACCGUUGGCGUGAUUCAGGGGCCGGAGUAUUCCACCCUCGGCCUUCACCGCUCCGAGCUUCACUUCGAAGGCAAUCCAUCCCAGCCCCUUUUAGCCAAGGUCGAGUGGGAGCAACAAGAGAACCAGAAGAUGUUCCGCCGGAAAUCGCUAAAGGUCAGCCGCUAUCGGCCCCUACAAAACAUGCUCUCAGCUGCCUGCGAGGUUCGACAUAAGGAGAAUAUGGCGAAGGACCUAGAUCUUCAGGGGCUGGACGAGAUGACAAAAAUAGACCUGCUCAUGGACCAGGUGUGUAUCGACGACCCUAUCCACGACCAGGGAUGGGAUUUCGAAUAUGAGGAGGAGGUCGAUUACGAGAAGAGCGCCUGGGCAGCGCUUUCAGGAUGA